CCUGUCACUGAGCUCUGCCCGCUGUCAGCGCUCACCGGCCAGCAGCCCACCGGAGUCAGACCCGCCGGAGCUCUUCUACCGAGCCACACGGCUCUCAAGGACUAAAACACACCCACACAGCCGGCUACAGUUUCGUUGACGAGUGUAUUCUUGAGAAAUGAUUCAAACCGGGAUUGCAUUCAAGCUUGCCAGCUAGUGGUGUGUUGACCUAGAGGGAGAGGAGAGGAUAUGGAGUUAUCAGACGGCUUGCUGCUGCAGGUCAACAAUGGAGAGCAGGGAGCAAACCGCUGGAAACAGCCUAGCGAUGACUCGGACCGUAGCUGCAGCCCGUCAGUGCUGCGCUGUGUUGCCAGCACCUGGAAAGAGGGCCUGCUGAACAGGAAGAGGCCCUUUGUAGGCCGCUGCUGUCACUCCUGUACACCACAAAGCCAGGAGAGACUGUUCAACCCCAGCAUUCCUUCUCUGGGACUGCGUAAUGUCAUAUACAUCAAUGAGACCCACACCAGACAGCGGGGCUGGCUGGCACGCAGGCUGAGUUAUGUGCUGUUUGUCCUGGAGAGAGAAGUUCACAAGGACAUGUUCGCCAGGAACGUGGUUGACAAUGUGCUCAACAACAGCAGAGUGGAAAAUGCUAUUGUGGCAGUGGCCGCAGAGUCGGAGCCUGCUGUCAGCCAGCCUGGUCAGGAGAACAAAGCCGUCAGUAAAGUUAGGCGGAAAGCCCGAGGCUUCCUCCAGGAGAUGGUCGCCAACAUUUCACCCGCCUUCAUCAGGUUGACAGGGUGGGUGCUCCUCAAGCUUUUCAAUGGAUUCUUCUGGAGCAUCCAGAUCCACAAGGGCCAGCUGGAAAUGGUCAAGAGAGCAGCUACAGAGCAAAAUGCCCCCCUGGUCUUCCUGCCUGUUCACAAGUCCCAUAUUGACUACCUGCUAAUCACCUUUAUCCUCUUCUGCCACAACAUCAAAGCCCCGCACAUUGCAGCUGGGAACAACCUAAACAUCCCUAUCUUCAGCACCCUGAUCCGUAAACUGGGAGGGUUCUUCAUACGACGAAAACUGGAUGAGACGGGCGACGGGAAGAAAGACAUUUUGUACAGAUCACUGUUACAUGCAUACACAGAGGAGCUGUUGCGCCAGCACCAGUUCUUGGAGGUCUACCUGGAAGGCACACGGUCCCGCAGUGGCAAGCCGUCUACGGCACGUGCCGGUAUACUGUCCAUUGUUGUAGACACACUGUGCACCGGAGCCAUCUCGGACGUGUUGGUGGUGCCAGUUGGCAUAUCCUACGACCGCAUUAUCGAGGGCAACUACAAUAGUGAGCAGCUGGGGAAGCCCAAGAAGAAUGAGAGUCUGUGGGGUGUGGCGUGUGGAGUGUUCAGGAUGCUGAGGAAGAACUAUGGCUGUGUCCGGGUCGACUUCACCCAGCCCUUCUCCCUAAAGGAGUACCUGGACACCCAGAGAAGCCGUCAUAUUCCUCCACCUCUGUCCCUGGAACACACCCUGGUGCCCACCAUUAUUUCUGCUCAACCUGACGCUGUGCUGUUUGAGGGCCAGGGGGAGGAUCAGCUGAACCGAGAGCUGCCUGAUGAGAUCUAUAGGCGACAACUUAUUGCCAACCUGGCCAAGCAUGUCAUCUUCACGGCAAAUAAGUCAUCAGCGAUCAUGUCUACCCACAUCGUCGCCUGUCUGCUGCUGUACAGACACAGACAGGGCGUUGUGCUGUCCAAGCUCGUCGAGGACUUCUUCAACAUGAAGGAGGAAAUCCUGUCGCGUGACUUUGACCUGGGCUUCUCGGGCAACUCAGAGGAUGUGGUCAUGCACGCCCUCCACCUGCUGGGCAACUGUGUGAACGUCACCAGCAGUGCAAAUCGCAAUGGCGAGUUCACCAUCGCCCCCAACAACACUGUGCAGGCGCUUUUCGAGCUCAACUUCUACAGCAAUGGCCUUUUCCAUGUCUUCAUUUCUGAUGCAAUUAUUGCCUGCAGUAUUCUGGCUCUGCAGCGAGAGCUGGUGGUGGAAUCAGAGUCUGAUCACCAGUCUGGCAGUCCCAGCAGCUUCCUGCUCAGUCAAGAGAGACUAAUCCGCAAGGCAGCUGGGCUCUCCUAUUUCCUUAUCAACGAAGUGGCUGUUGCACCACCCUGUCAGACAAUCUAUCAGGUCUUCCAUGAUGCUGUGACCCGGCUGAUCCAGUAUGGAGUUCUCUACGUUGCAGAGGAGGACCAAGAGGAGCUGAGCCCGAGUCCCACUGAGGAGCCUUGGCCCAAAAAGUUCCCAGAGCCCCUCUCCUGGAGAAGCGACGAAGAAGAUGAGGACAGUGACUUUGGAGAGGAGCAGAGGGACCGCUACCUAAAGGUGAGCGUUUCCGCUGAGCACCAGGAGUUCUUCGUCUUCCUCCAGCACCUGCUCAGCCCCGUGCUGGAGGCCUACAGUGGGGCUGCAAUCUUCGUCCACAGCCUGAGCCAGCCCAUGGCCGAGUCCGACUACACCCAACGUCUCUUCAAAUUCCUGCUCACUCGCACAGAGAGGGGUGUGGCUGCAUACGGUGAAAGUGCAACACAUUACCUGGUUAAGAACACAGUGAAGACAUUCAAAGAGCUUGGGGUCCUAAAGGAGAGACGGGAGAACCUGGUGACGACCCUGGAGCUGAGCAGUACCUUCCUACCUCAGACUAAUCGGAACAAACUCCUGCAGUACAUCUUAGGUUUCGCUCUGCUGUGACCUGGACACCUUUAACCCAACUCAGACCCCAGGCUCUUUCCAGUCAAGGGCUUCUACUGGCUACAUCUAACCAAUCCCAGGUGCUACUCUGUGGAAAGCUUUACCAGGAAGUGCCUUCAUGCAAACACCGCUAACCGGUAGCUGUUAGCCAGGAUAGAUCUGAAGCCAGUUUUCUCUUUCUGUUCCAGUCACAUACUUCCUGUCGUAGAACUGUGCAGCUAGUAAAACAUAUAAACCAUUUUUUGAAGAUGUACCACAAGGAAUCAUCCCGUUUAUGUACUUUACCAGUGAAGUCAAGACGUCUUAACGUGAACGGACUUUUAGGAAAGUAUACUGUAGCAGGAUAGUAAAUAAAUACCACAUUUAUAGUGUUUGGAACAAAGAAAGCUGCCUUUGGUCUAGACAAGUUAACAAGCAAAACAAUACAUCUCAGUGAUGGCAAGCAUAAAUAACCACCAUCAAAGGCAUUUAAUGUUAACUCUUUGUGCACGCUUGUAAAAUUAUAGAAGUGCGCUCAUAGCAAGUCACUUUUGAAGAGAAGCUCAUUUUAAAACUAAAUCCAUAGUCAUUUCUCUCACAGGGCAGCAAUCUAUUUGAAAUGUAUAAUUUUUAAACACAAUUUGGUAUCAUCAAAUGUAAUAAUGUGUCAACAAUAUCAGAAAAAAGUGCUGAAUUCUGAGAGACAUAACGUCCCUGCAAAAUGUGUACAUUUCCACUUUUCAUGUACAAAAUUGUAUGUUGUAAUGUGAAGAUAUAAUCCUCCGCACAGAUAGGUACGAUCCAUUAUACAGUUAGCACUGUUUAUAGAUAUCGAAACAUUUCGCAACAAAUCAUUUCAGCCUCGCAAAACCCUGCAGAAUACUAACAGGAUACACCCAUCGAAAGCCCAGUGUGGUUCCAGCCUGAACCAAUAGCAUCUAAGUGCAUUUAGAAAUGCAUUUUUUUUUUGUUUAUAUUUUGUCAGGGGUUUCGAAAGGAGAGUGAGUUUGACGUGUGUUCGCCUUUCAACACCUUUCAGUCUUUAAAUGUUACACAGCAGAGUACAUAAAAUGCCUAUUAUCCUCCAUCACGACCACUUAAAGUUCAAAUGCAAUGAGCACAGAAAAGUAUUUGGUCAUGUCCUUCGGGGAAAGCGAGGAUUCAGGAUUGUCAUCGUGUUUUUCAUGUUGCAAGACACCGUAAACAUCUUUUGUAGCACAAGUGCUGAAUGAAUGGUUGGGCAUUAUUAAGACACAGGAAGUGGAUAAUAUGCUAACAAUGAAUGGUACAUAUCUACUGGGUAUUCUUUUUUUCCUCUGAUGAACAUGCAACAUCUCUUGGAGUUAGUUACUUUGGGACAGGGAGACAGUUCGACUCUGGGUUAUACCUCCUCAAGAAAUGUGUUAGUCUUGAAGAAAGGAGAGAGAUCUUUCUCCUUUGAGUUGUUUACCUUGUUUGUAUACAAACUGCUGUGAAGGGCUGUAAAGGUUUUGCAAAUCAAAUAGUAGUCCUUAACAGUUAGGUUUGUCUUCUUUUUUCCUAUUAAAAUAAUAUUUCACUUUGGUAUAUAAUUUUUGUUUUUCACCACAACUUUCUUACUCAAAAUAAAUAAUUGAAUAAAUAAAUAAGAGUAUAAAAAUCCCACUUAAAACACGUCUACCAUCAAGGACAAUUGAUCCUGGUAGGGUUUUUUUCAUUUUGCAUCCUUUAAAAUCUAUGUCAACAAAAAGUACUUAGCGUUUUUGUAAAAGCUGAACUCUGGCGAUGACAGUGGACCGUGUGAGCUUGUGAUGUCAGAGGUCGACCAUGGCUGAACCUCUACGAAGGUGUGGAUCAUGAAAAGUGAAAACAAUUUACCAAAGUGAAAUAUGGCUUGUAAACCUCACUGCACAGUACCUGUGCAUUUAGCUGCAGAACAUGUUGUAUCAGUACUAUUUUACACUUCAUUUUUUAUUGUAAAAUAUCUUUGUUUUACAGCACUCAGUAUUUAGCUCUUGUUGUGAUACCUCUGAAAUUGAUCUCUUCUGCCUAAUUUCAAACAUAACUGAGUUCAAAGAUGGCCACCAUGCACUUGCUUGCAAACUACAUUUUGCAUUCAGCCUGAACCUGCUCAUACUCCAGUGUUUCUUCUGUGCUGAUUUAGUUUUGGUGCACCACCACAGCAAGGAAAUGAUCACCACUGCAAGAGAAAACGUGAAAUUAAAAUAAGCAUUGUAAUUGUGUCCUACUCUUAUCUAAAAUUUACUAUUAUCUAAAACUACAAAAAACUAAAAAUAUACAUAGUCCCCUGUUUCAGAAGUAAUGAUUAUAUUAUGAUUAAAAACAUUUUUUAGCACUAGAAGCUCAACUUGAAUCAUCGCCUUGACCCUUAGAGCAAAAGAUAUGGGAAAAAUGUAGAAUUGGUGCUUGAAAGCACCAGUGCUGCAUAGAAGUUAAAGAGGAUGUACUUUAAAUCCAAAUAUCAUGUUGGUCAAAAAGCUGAAUUACAAGUGCACUCAUCAGAUUGGAAAGCGAGGAAGGCGUGUGCUUUGGUAUGAGAUGUAAAGCCAGUGGAAGUAUGGAAAAUCGUCAUCAUGACUGGAGAAGUUGCGAACCCAAAUUUAAGACUGGUGACAAGGAGGCGGUCUGCAAAUUAAUUGAUGGCAUGUAUUUAUGUAGUUUAUGUCCAAUGUUUGCUCUUAAAUGUGAGACUAUGCCACAGAAAGUUGUAAUACAGGGCUGAACAGUUCAUCAAAAUAUUAUCAGAAUCACAAUAUGGCCAAGUGCGAUAUCCAAAUCGCAGGAGCUGUGACAAAAGCAUUAUAAAUGAAAUAUUGCAGUGCGGCAGAGACGCUGUGGCCUGCAAAUUGUUUUCUCCAAAUGUAAGAGAACACACUGAUUUUGUACAGACCCCAGGAAAACUCACUUCAAAAUUUUGACAAUUUUUCAGUUAAAAUUAAUAUGAUGCAAAAUUUACUGUUCCUUCUAAAACAGUGAAUCAUAGUGCAAUACUUGCAAAAUCAAACACAGUAUUUUUUUUUUCCACUUCGUUCAGCCCUAAUGUAAUAUAUUUCUUUAAAAUUCUGACCAUGGUCUACAAAAUUGCAUGUAGCACUUAAUUUAACCACUUUGACAAAGCUUAAUACUUUAUCAUAUAUUGUAUAUUAUAUAAAACCACGCAGUUUUCCAUUAAAUUCCAAAAUGGGGUAUUUUAGCCAUUUCAUGAUGGUAUCAAAUUUCACCUGUUGCAUAUGUGCUCUGAAUCUUAAUCCAGAGGAGCACAGAUUAUGAGAUAACCCAUGAGUGGGAAAUGCUGCCAGUCGAUCAUGUCGCAGAUCAAGAGCUGACGCCCAUGGCAUGUUGAAGAACAGAUAAGUAUGUUAUUUAAAUGGCAAAGUGAUCAGAGUGCACAAUGUUUGGAUCAGUUGACAAUAUCUAGUCGAUAUUAUUAUUUUUUUUUCCUACUCUGUGAAGCUCUUGCUGAGCAGCUCGAGUCGCGAAGCAAUACUGAACCCACAAUCUCAAAGGCACCCAAAGUGAGGGAAGCCUCCGCCAAGACAACCACUAUAUGUACUGUACUGUAUGUAUCCGCUGGUCGCCUUUAAUCUCAUCGACACUUCAAUGUGUAGUCUACUUAACCUGACAAGUGUGUUUUACAGUCUAGUGUGUGGAUAUAUUCUUUUGAGAAGGAUAGUCAUGUGUAGGAAUAAAGUUUGUUACCUCCUGAAUGUAUUUCACCUGUCGCUCGAAUUGUCAAAUUGAUAUUUUAGAAUAUUCAAUCUCUGUGCACAAACAUUAGGUACUUUUUCUUCUUCUCCAAGGUGGUUGAAACUCAUCGCUACUUAUCUGAUUUAACAGCAGCCCAUCACACCCGAAUAACAGACUGAUGCAAAGUAAACCACCUCAACUUGGUAGCGUAAAAGAUGCCUGUUAUAUGGGGAGCAGGAUGCCUUUUUAAUGCACUAUAGUGUUCUUUAUAUAUGUGGUUCGGUUUUUUUUGUUGGUUUUUUUUUUGUGUGUGUGUGCGUGUGUGUGUGUGCAUGUUAACAAUGCUCAUUUUGUAUGGGCUUAAAAAAAAAUCAUUUAAGACUUUAAAAUUAAAAAAAAAAAUAAAGGCAGAGAACUUGAGUUUACCAUAAGAGGAAUCACCAGCUACUGAAAACAAAUGUCACUCAUUUUUUUUGUUUCUCUUGUUGCUUCUGUAGAGCAAAGCACAGUUGGCAUCAUUAAGUUUUGUUUUUAAAUAAAUUAAUGACAGAUUAACAA